AUGUUUGACAGAUUAAAGUUUGUGACAGGGUGUUUGACAGAUGUACAAGUGUUCGAGAAGAUCGUCAUCCACUGUAACAGCUUCACCAGCCUCAUCCCCGUCUCCUUCGUGCUCGGCUUCUACGUGUCCCUUGUCGUGAGGAGGUGGUGGCAGCAGUUCAUGAACAUCCCCUGGCCAGACAGGACACUAUUCAUUAUGACGACGUACCUGACCGGCCUGGACGAGAGGUCCCGGAUCAUGAGACGGACGGUGGCCUGCUACAUGCUGUUCGGCCUCAUCCUCAUCUCCCGCUCCGUCAGCGUGGCCGUCAUGAAGCGCUUCCCGACUCUGGACCACAUUGUAGAGGCAGGUUUCAUCACCAAGGACGAAGCCAUGACGUUUGAGGACACGCAGUGUCAGUUCCACAAGUUCUGGGUGCCCUUGAUGUGGGCCAACAGCGUGCUGGUUCAAGCUCGACGGGAGGGCAAGCUGGAGAACGAGUUCGGUCUACGAAUGAUCAUCGAGCAACUGGCAACGUUCCGAGAUAAAUGCUCUCUGUGUUUUGUGUACGACUGGAUAACAAUCCCUCUCGUCUACACACAGGUAGUGACGCUGGCCGUGCAUAUGUUUUUUGCGGCGUGUAUUCUGGGACGGCAGUUUCUGGACCCGCUCCAACAAUACGACGGCUACGAAUACGACUUCUACAUUCCUGUCUUUACUUUCAUGCAGUUCUUCUUCUACAUGGGCUGGUUGAAGGUUGCUGAGCAGCUGAUCAAUCCGUUCGGCGAGGAUGAUGACGACUUCGACAUUAAUUGGCUACUUGAUCGGCAUACGGCGGUGAGGGGAGAUCCUUGUAGUCUAUAUUGGAGCGUUUCCUGUGUUUAACGAUGCUCCGAACUAAGCAAUUUAUUUACAACUGCACGUGAAGGUGUAGCAUUUAUAUUUCGAUUAUGUUGCACUCCCUAAAAAGUAUAGGAGGAAAGCACGCAGGUGUGUACAAUCUGGAGUUCAUGAAGAUAAAAGGCUUCUUGUCUGCAAGAAAAUGCACGUUCAUCACAACUGUUCUGCUUAUCUUGGUCUUAGGUAUCAAAUACUGAUAGGGUGGCCAACUGAUGUAGAAAGCCGGAAUACGCUGUGCAGAGUUGAGUUACUUUGUCACACCAGGAUCCGCUGAAUGUGGUUUCGAAUUACUGACAGACCAGAGCGAGGCUCAGAAAGGCUAGUCUAUAAGAAGGGUUCGGUAUUGUGCUCGUUUAUUUGUACUUUUUGUUACACAUUAAUGUCGAUUGAAUUAGAAUUAAUCUGUUAUUUUUAAUAGACUGAACAAAUACAGUAUUGCCUGACCAAUUACAGUAGUCAGUGA